AUGUCGCAAAAACAGACUCGGGAGAGGCGAUAUACCUCGCAGGCAUGCCUCGCCUGUCGACGGCGGAAAGUCAAGUGCAACAAUGAGCGACCUCGGUGCUCCAACUGCGUGCUAUAUGACAAUGCUGAGUGUAUCUACGGCCUGGAUCGCCGGCGCGCUUCGUCCUCUGUGGCCCCACAGCGGGAGCCACUCGCUUCAGGAUACUUAGCCAGCACAGACGCGAGCGCUAUCGGGACAGAUGCAGCCGCCAACGUUGCGUCUCUGAACCAAUCUGCAUCACACGAGCAGCUACUGCCUACUCUUGCAGACCAUCUGCCGAGCCAUACAUCGGACGACGUCGGCGGCAGUUUCCUUCACACACAGAUACCGGACCAGGAGUGGCAUUAUUGGCCAAGUCCCAGCGACACAGGCCAGUUGCCCCCGGGCAUUUCAUUGGACUUACACCACGACUAUAACGCGUUCGAGGAUGUCAAUCCAAGCGCUUUCCAUCAUGAUCAAUACUUCGACGCGUUCAACGUCGAUGACGAUACCCCGCAGACAUCACCUGCUAGUCAGGACAUCUCCCCCACCGCUAUAGCUACGGCAGGGCCUCAGACGAUCGGACCAACCGCGGUGGCGAAGCCCGAAGCCAGAACGAGCCGCCUACGCUCUCCGGAGUCUGACGGAAGUUACGACGCCUUCAGUGAUGUUACCAGGCAACUGACUAGUCGCCUCGGCAAAUUGCAGAUAGCGGAGGAUGGGCGUCCCCGAUACUAUGGUGCAACAAGCAAUCUCCAUCUCCUCUACACUGGAGCUGCAUCUCUUACCCAGCCCAACAUUCGCGACGUGAGACUAUCGGGGAACGCCUCGAUAGAAUCAGCUGGCCUUCAGUGGAAAGGCGACAUGGCUUACCAAACUCAUCUCACCAAGUUGUUCUUCGCCUGGCACAACAAUUUGCAGUUCCCGGUCGACAAGGCGAUCUUUCUCCGCGAACAAGCGCGAUUCCGCCAAGGAGAAAGCACCGACCUCUUCACUCCGUCGCUUGAGAAUGCUAUCUUAUGCGUGGGUGCUGCAUAUACGGACAGAUACCAUCCCGGAAUCUCAGGGUCAGUUGACGAGUUCUUUGCUCUUCGUACCAAGGCAUAUCUCGAUAUUGAGAUCGAUAGUCCGAGCAUAGCCACGGCACAAGCAUUACUCAUUCUCUCUUCUCACGAAGCAGCUCAGACCAGAGAGAGCCGGGGGUGGAUCUACAUGGGCAUGGCGAAUCAGAUAACGAUUGACCUUGGCUUGCACCUUGACCUCGAGUCAGAGUAUACCCGCCUCGACAGCGAAUGUCAUUUCAACGACGUCCAAAUCACCCGUCGCAACGUCUUCUGGACAGUCAAGAGCAUCGAUACGCUUUGGAGUGCCUACAGUGGACGUCCGUCGAUGAUGAAGAAUAUUGUCCACAACCAGAAGAGCCCGUUACCGUCCCGCACUUAUGAGUGGGAGUAUUACAUUGAUGAAGCGCAUAGGCUCAGUUUUCCUGACGAUUUCGACCUCCGGGCAGCAGCCUAUGUACACGUCCAUCUGGCGUCACUAAUGUUGAUCCUGGCACGAGUCUCGGAAGUCCUCUACUCCGGAGUACCGGACAUUACUAGUGAUAUCAGCGCCUUUGUCACUUCAGCAGAUGCUGACUUCCGAAAAUGGCUCGCUGCCUUGCCGUUGAAUCUUCAACUAGAUCUCACAAGGCCUUUCCAGGUUCAGAGUGUGUUAGAGCUGCAUCUAAUAUACCACGAGUCUAUCAUCCUCCUACACAGGCCGCUAAUGACCCCUGUUGAGCCAACAUCGCCGUUCGGCCUGGUCUCGGAUCAAGAGUCUGCGGCAGCCUCACUGAGCAGAUGUCUCGACUCGGCGGACAGAAUAUGCAGUAUUAUGGUGUACUACCGCCACCGGUACGGACUGAAACGACUACAUCACCAAAUGGUCCAUGCGGCGAUGACAGCAGCCCUCAUUCACGCUUUCCAGCUGUGUACGACAUCCAAUGCAACCGUCGAAAACAGCAAGGCCCAGGCAUCUUUCCUGACUUGCAUUCAAGCAUUGGGUGAGAUGGGGCAGACAUUCAAAUCAGCGUCUCGGGCGCUUGACGUCGUCACAUCAUUGCGACAGAGCUGGCGAGACGAUGCAUCUGCUGGGGACCGUUUCAAGAGGGCACGGUUGCGGUAG